GCCGAAGGCUCAAAUCGUCUGCAGUCCUGUCCUGUUCACCGACCACCGAUGCGUCAAGUGAAAUGACGUUUCAUGACAUGGAAUUUUGAGGUUAUCUGGCAAUCUUCGCUGUUUGUUUGUUGGUUGUUUUCUUCAUUAUUUUACAGUUAAUUCUACGGGUUUAUACAAUCUUUGAGGCAUAAAAACUAAAUUGCGUGCUCCUGCAAUUAUAUUUCGGCUCGAAACUGUGAGUUCGUCUAAAAAAUUCCAAUUUACCGCUCCAACCUGACAGGUGAGCUCCACGUGAGUGCUAGUGAUUCUGAUACCUAACAAAAGUGGCUUUUCGGACGAUUUUCCUGUGAAAACUGCAUCCGACGAGCUUGCGCAACACUUUAUGACAUCGGUGUAGUCCGUCACUCUUUUCUCAGGGGUCGGCAGGCAAAAAGACAAGGAAAGUCAUGUUUGUCCGGUUUGGUGCUUUGGGCAAGUUGCCUGCUGCAAUCACUCAAAAUGCGGUUGUGGACCAACAACAACGUGGAAUGGCCACUUUGAAGGCCAUUUCCAUUCGUCUCAAGUCAGUAAAAAAUAUCCAGAAGAUCACCCAAUCUAUGAAGAUGGUGUCAGCUGCUAAAUACUCCAGAGCUGAGAGAGAGUUGAAAGCUGUGAGGCCCAUCGGCAGUGGGGCACAACAAUUUUAUGAGAAAGCUGAGGUGGAGGCUACCACUGAUGUACCACAAAAGCUGGUUAUUGCCAUCACGUCUGACAGAGGUCUUUGCGGUGCGUGCCACACCAGCGUCUCCCGUCACAUCCGUAACGAGUUGAACAAGGACGGCGAGAACAUCAAAGUUGUAUGCGUAGGUGACAAGUCCCGCGGUAUUCUGCAACGUCUCUACGGCAAGAACAUCAUCAUGGCCUGCAAUGAGAUCGGCAGACUGCCUCCCACUUUCAUUGAUGCUUCCAAACUGGCGGACGCCAUCUUGAAGUCCGAAUACAAGUUUGGCAGCGGAGAGAUUGUUUACAACAAAUUCAAGUCGGUGGUGUCUUACACUACGUCCACCAUGCCUGUAUUCAGUCUGCAGUCUGUGACGGAUGGUAUCUUUCAGCUGAGGCAUUACGACAGUCCAACGAAUUCCUACUAGGUAGAAGAAGCAAGCUUACGAUUUGUUUGGAACCAUAAUUACGUAGUCAAUAAUCAAGAUUCAAGUUGAUACAAGUCUAUCAGGCUUAAGCCACCAGUUUGACAGCUGUUGGCGUUUCAUAUUAAAAUCCUAUUUUUUUGCGAAAACAUAAAAAUGAUUCAGGCAGUUGGUGAAAAUGGUCAAGGUUUCUGUGGCGCGAAAAUCUUUCCGAAGCUCUCGACUCCAGAACAGAAAGCAAGCAGGGUUGCCUGCUGUGAGGAUUGGUUGGAAGCAGAGAAAAGGGGGGACUUUCUCGACCGGGUCAUCUCUGGGGGCGAAUCUUGGGUCUACGAAUUCGAUGUGUAUCUGAAAUCUCAAUGCAUUGGGUGGAAGCAAGCAGGGGAAUCGAAAAUUAAGGUCCUAUAUGAAAACAAUGUUGAUUGUUUUCUUUGAUUGAACAAAAAUAUUGCAUGUUUCCUAUAGUCCCAGAAGCUGGGAGGUUCCAAAUUACACAUCUAAUUGUUAUCAAUAAAAUAGCUAAAAGACAAAAUAAGAUAUAUUCAAGUAUUCAUUCCAGUAGUGGAAAUGUAGUAGAGCAUACGAUUCAUAUAGUUAUAAAUAUGAAAUUCUAUUUCUGAUAUCUGUUCUACAUAUUUAAUUAGCAUGUUGUAUAUCUUUGUAAUCAAGACAUUAUAAUGAAUAUAACUAGGG